GCAAGCAGACACAAUGCCGCAAAUACCUGUUACCUUUUGCGAGAAGGAAAGGAUCUGGAGUGGACCUCCGGAGAGCUCCAUAUUCCAUGAAGAUGCUUCGUUAGGCAGAAUCAUAUUUAACAAUAUGAAAAACUGGCCCAAUAAUGUCUGCCAAAUAUGGGAUAGCAACGGAGAGGAAGUUACCUUUGGCCAAGUGCUCACCUGGGCCAUUCGGAUAGCUCAGUUCUUCAAGAAGCGAGGUCUUACCCAAAAGGAUGUUGUUGGAAUCGCCGCUGAGAACUCCAAGUACUUAAUGUCCUUGGGAGUGGCCUGCAUGAUGAACGGAACCCCUUUCCAUUCACCCCAUCAAAUGCUGGGCGAGGAGACCGUAAGACAUGAGUUGUCAAUUACCAAACCAGGCCUGAUUUUCUGUGAUGGAAAUGUCUAUGGGAAAGUACAUUCAGCAACCUCUGAAUGGCAGCCAGAGUUCUUCACCCUGACCGAUCACCUCGAAGGAGUGCCGAGCAUCGAGACGCUUUUGGAACCAACUUCCACCGAGGAUUCUUACCAGCCGGAACCGCUGAGGGAAGGCGGUGGUCAGACGGUGGCCAUCCUGUGCUCCUCGGGAACCACUGGCUUACCGAAGGCAGUCUGUAUAUCUAACUGCAGGCUGAUUCCAACGCCAUCUAAUAUUAUAAACAGCGAAACCAUCUAUUUUGCGUUUACCGCCCUGCACUGGAUUUCAGGACUGUUAUCCUUCGCCCACAACGCUGUACUGGGGCUAACCCGCAUUAUGAGCACAGAUCCCUUUAAUCCCGAAAACCUUGUGCGGCUUCUGAAGAAAUAUAAAAUCGAGGUGCUGUCCUUAAUGCCUCGUCACAUCAAUGUGCUGAUCACUUGCCCAGAGGCCACCCCAGAAGCCUUCUCUUCGCUACGUGCUGUGAUUUUCGGAGGCGGAUUCACUGCCUCGUCCACUUUGGAGCGAUUCCAGAGGCUGUGUCCGAAUGCCGAGCUAGUGCACUCCUUCGCCAUGACAGAGGCGGGACAGUUAGCAUUAGGAUACGGAAUUGAGAAUGGCAACAGUGUGGGCAGACCUUAUCCGGGUGUGAAAAUUCGGAUCGUGGGCGACAAUGGAGAGAACCGAAGACACAAUCAGAUGGGAGAGAUCUAUGCGCUCACGGGUCGAGUGUGGAAUGGAUACUACGGGAAUCCCAAGGCGACUGAGAGUCUGCAGGAUGCAGAGGGCUGGUUCCACACCGGUGACUUGGGCUACUUCAACGAGCAGAAUCUGCUCUACUUAGUGGAUCGCUGCAAGGAUAAUCUCAAGUACCAGAGCAUCCAUUACUGGCCAAGCGAAAUCGAGAGCGUCAUAUCGGAGCUCAACGAGGUGCAGGAGGUGUGUGUGGUGGGCAUUCCCAAUGAGGUCACGGAUGACGAUGCUGGUGCACUGGUUGUGAGAUCUAAGGGAUCGGCCAUUAGUGCCCAGGAGAUCGUGGAUCAUGUGGCCAGUCGAUUGACUACGGUGCACCAACAGCUCCACGCUGGUGUUCAGUUCACGGACUCAAUUCCAGUCAAUGCCAAUGGGAAAAUGCUGCGCAGAGCGGCACGCGACCUGUUUAUGGCCAAAAAAGCUAAUACCGAAUAACAAUAGUUAAUGUAAAGCAUACCCUUCCGAAAUUUUCCAAUCAGCACUCGAUUCUGCUAACAUUUAUUUCGUACUAUAUACUAUUCGUACUUUAUUUUUGGCCAUAGUCAUAAAUGGUUUCGCUUAUCAUGAAAUACCAAAAAAAAACAUUUUUGAAGCCUUCAAAUUUGUUAUUCUUGGAGGUAAGACUACGUCACAUAUAUGGAUAUGGAUAUGGCGAAAUAACUGACAACAUUGAACCUUAUCAAUUAAUCGACUAAUUGCAUUUUUGGAAAUAAAAAAGUGGUGUGACUGACUGAACUUCAGGAUAGUGCCAAUGGACUCUGAGCAAUCGCCAAAUUUAUGACCCACAAUCUCUUAUCAAAUUCACACUGACAAUAUAUUGAGUUUGACCAAAAUUACUUAUUGUAAAAAUAAUAACUCUAGAAUUAUUUAUCCACCUUAUAAUUAUACCUUAUAAUUUUAGUAAGAGGUUUUGAAAAACAUUUACAUAUAAAUCAUAUAUAUGUACAUAUAUCCAGAGGCUAUCUUAGUUUGUAUCAAU